GCUGAGAAUGACUUCAAAUGAUAAGAAAAUCUUUGUGUCAUCGAGAAUAUUAUAUGCUUUAAGAUAAAAAAAUACAUUGAACGUAAGGUAUAUUUUGUAUUUCAUCUGUGAUAUUAUGUUAGUAGUACGUAAUACGUGACUCGGGUAACGUGUGAUCAUAAAAAACAGAGCAAAUUUUUAGAUAUAUUGUCAGUCCAGUAUAAUAAUAAUUACAAGAUGUUUAGCACAAGAUUGAUAAGGCAGUUUAAAUGUUUUAAAAUAAGACAACUACAUUCAACAUUUGUUAAAAAUGAAAAUAAACCUGUUACUGAAACAUCUAAAAUCAAAACUGAAACAUCUAAAAGUACUAAUGUAUCACAAGCUGAAAAGGAAGCAAUUGAAUUUGUAUCAGGAGAGAGUUUAUAUACUUUGACUAACUUUGAUAAAAGAAUAUUAGUGUGGGUUAAACGUUUUCCUAGUAUGGAUAAAGUUCCAAAACAAGUAAGUAUACGAACUAUACAGCUAGCUCAUACUAAAGCCAGAAUUAAAGUAUGUUUUUACAUGAUGGCUUUUGCGAUAAUUGGCUCUAUUCUAGCUGUAAUGAGUGGUAAAAGAGAUGUUGCUGCUGGAAAAAAUUUAUUAACAGAAAGACAAAAAUGGUAUGAUCAAGUGAAAGAAAAAGCUCGAAAAGAAGCCGAAAUGGCUGAAAAAAAUGAAAAAUAAUAUUUUAAUUUUUUUUAAUAACAUUUAAAUUACUUCAAUUUUACAUUAAUAUUUUAAAAUAAAUUUAAAUAUUUUUUUGAUUAAUUUUUUUUCCAUGUCAUUAUAUUUUAUUAGAAUUAUUUAAUCAUUGAAGUCAUUAUUUUGAGUAAUCAGAGAUUAUUUACAAGUAAUAAUUUUUAGUAAUAAUAG